GCAAGUCCGAAGCUUCUGGGCGGAGAAUCAGAAGAGCGAAACGGCAGAGCCGAGAGUCAUUCAGGGUUAAUAAUAUUCCGCCGUGGGGAGAGGGGGGAAGACGAACAUACAUAUAUACACUGCCAACCCGGCGACGAGGUUGGGCCUGCGGUGCCUGCCUGCGACCCAGGAAACAUGGAGCUCGAGAAUAUCGUGGCCAACACUGUUUUGCUGAAGGCGAGAGAAGGAGGGGGUGGAAACAGAAAAGGCAAGAGCAAGAAAUGGAAACAGAUGCUGCAGUUCCCUCAUAUAAGCCUGUGCGAGGAGUUACGCCAAACUAUAGAGAAAGACUACAACAGCCUUUGCGAGAGACAGCCAAUCGGACGCUUGCUAUUCCGACAAUUCUGUGAUACCAGGCUGGAGUUGAGACGCUGUAUCAAAUUUUUGGAUGCUGUGGCGGAGUAUGGAGUGGCGCCUGAUGAGAAGAGGAAGGAAUGUGGGCAGGAACUCCUCGACAAGUACCUCAACCCAAAGUCAGAGGACUGCAUUCCUGAGAUAUCAGGGGAAAUGGUGACUAAGUGUGCAGAACGCUUGCAACAGGAAGCAUGUAAAGAGCUCUUCAUGGAGUGCACCAAACUGAUCCAUGACUACCUGAGUGUGGCCCCUUUUGCAGACUACCUCGAUAGUAUGUACUACUGUCGCUUCAUACAGUGGAAAUGGCUUGAAAGACAGCCAGUCACAAAAAACACAUUCCGUCAGUACAGGGUUUUGGGAAAGGGUGGAUUUGGCGAGGUCUGCGCAUGCCAGGUGCGGGCCACAGGGAAGAUGUACGCAUGCAAAAAGCUGGAGAAAAAACGGAUCAAAAAGAGAAAAGGGGAGUCCAUGGCCCUAAACGAAAAGCAGAUUCUGGAGAAAGUUAACAGUCGGUUUGUUGUGAGUCUCGCGUAUGCAUACGAGACAAAAGACGCCCUGUGUUUAGUCCUAACGUUGAUGAAUGGAGGGGACCUGAAGUUUCAUAUCUACCACAUGGGAGAGGCAGGUUUUGAUGAGAAGCGGGCCGUGUUCUACACUGCUGAGAUUGGCUGUGGUUUAGAAGAUCUCCAUCAGGAGAGGAUAGUGUACAGGGAUUUGAAGCCAGAAAAUAUACUAUUGGAUGAUCAUGGACAUAUACGUAUAUCAGACCUGGGCUUGGCUGUGCAUGUACCAGAGGGUCAGACAAUCAAAGGCCGGGUGGGCACUGUCGGGUACAUGGCCCCAGAGGUGGUGAAGAACGAGCGUUAUACAUUUGAUCCGGACUGGUGGGCUCUUGGCUGUCUCCUGUAUGAAAUGAUUGAGGGCCAGUCCCCCUUUCAGCAGCGCAAGAAGAAAAUUAAGCGAGAGGAGGUAGAGCGCCUGGUCAAAGAGGUGGAGGAGGAAUAUUCCAGCAAGUUUUCAGAGGAUGCCAAGUCACUCUGUAAAAUGCUGUUAGCCAAAGACCCUAGUGAGAGACUUGGCUGUCAGGGGGGUGGAGCCACAGAGGUCAAAGCUCAUCCUAUUUUCCGUUCCAUCAACUUCAAGCGGCUUGAAGCAGGCAUGCUCGAAGCUCCCUUUAUUCCCGAUCCUCAGGCCAUCUACUGUAAGGAUGUGUUGGACAUUGAACAGUUUUCUACAGUAAAGGGGGUGGAGCUGGAGCCCAAAGACGACUCCUUCUAUUGCAAAGUGUCCACUGGAUGUGUUCCCAUCCCCUGGCAAAAUGAGAUGAUCGAGACAGAGUGCUUUAAAGAGCUCAAUGUGUUAAACUUGGACGGCACUGUGCCCCCAGACCUGGACUGGAGAGGACAACCCUCGCCCCCACCCAAACAGGGCUUGCUGCAGAGACUUUUCGGCAGACAGGACUGCUGUGGAAAUUGCAGCGACAGUGAGGAGGAGCCCACGCGGCUGUGAAGGUGUGGCCUCUCCCACACCACUGAGGAUCUCAUUUGUUUACAGUUUUUGCACAUUUGUAUUUUUAAGAUAGCUCUAUAUAAAUAUUGGAAUGUAUAUUUUCACUAUAUAGCCAUGCAUUGUAUCUUAUUUAAAGUCAUGAAAAAGGGUCAGAAUUAUUGUCCUUUUUCAAGUGUGAAGUAGGCGAGGACAGAUCAUUCAACACUGUUCAAGUCUCAAAGCCUGUUGACCCAACCAAUCCUGUACAUGUGGCCAGUCCGUAUUGCAGCCUCUUUGCGCUUUUAUUUUCUUUUUCUGUUUUUGUUCAAAUUCACAUGUACAGAAUGCAUUCUGAAUAUUUGUUUCAGACACAGAGAGCAAAGGAAAUUUGCUUUUGCAAAUAUUUUUAUAUUUUGAAUUUUAUUUUCUUAUGGUAAUCUCGACAAUCAAACAACACCAUCUGUGUAAACAGUGAUACAUGUGCAGUAAUGAAUAAAAUAAAGGCAAAAACAUGAAGUGACUGUAAAACAGAGGAAAAUCAAAUAGUUAGGUUAUUUAGCUAGAGAAACCUAGUAAACCAAAUAGGUGUGACAAAAGUGCAUAUACUGUAUGUACAAUAACAACUGCAGACAGUUGUAUCAUGUUGUUAAUAUGUGACACUCAUCUGUAAAGUCUUGAGUGUGUCUUCCUGCUAAUUUCCCUCUGGAUAAAUGGGGAAAAACAUCCUGGUGAUAAUCUUGUGCUGCCCAUAUGUUGCAUAAUGAGUCAAACCAAGAGGCAUUAUUUUCCAGUUAUGAAAUAUUUUACAACUUCAUUCUUUAAACAUCUCUGACUAGUUAACAUAACAUUGUCAUGACAGCUGAAGACAGAAAGAUAGACUUAAAUGCUCAGAUACUUAGCAGGAAGUAGUGGAUGAACAUGCUGUUAGUAAAAAACAUGUUAUUUCAUUGUUUAUAAAUGGAUACGUGUAAUUUGAUGGGCUGCAUAAUUCCUACUUUUUUACAUGUAGGUCAAACAAAAAUUGAUUUGCCAAAAAUAUAUUUUUGUUCCGUUUUGUAAUUGUUUUUUGUUUAGUUUUUUUGUCAUUGUUUUGUUUAUUUUUCUAUUCUUUUUUUUUUGUUUCAUUUAGCUGUUUUUG